UCCUCCAGCCUGCCCAUCUCUGCUCAGACAGGGUCCAUGUCAGAUGCAGUUUGGAGCACAGACCUGAGGACCACUCAGGAAGGUUAUUCUCUCUGUGGUCAUGAGUGGCAGCAAUGGGCCGGCUGACACCCAUACCUAUCAGUCACUAUCGGAGGAUUGCCCCUUUGGUCCCGUGGAGCAGCCCAAGAGAUCCACGGGGAGACUCAUCAUGCACAGCAUGGCCAUGUUUGGCCGAGAAUUUUGCCUGGCAGUGGAGGCAGCUUAUGUGACUCCAGUUCUACUCAGCUUGGGUCUGCCCAAGAGUUUGUACAGCAUGGUGUGGCUCCUCAGCCCCAUCUUGGGAUUCCUGCUGCAGCCUGUGGUGGGAUCAGUCAGUGAUCACUGCAGGGCCAGGUGGGGCCGCCGGAGACCCUACAUCCUGGCACUGGGCAUCAUGAUGCUCUUGGGGAUGGCCCUGUACCUCAAUGGAGAUGCUGUUGUAUCAGCUUUGGUUGCAAACCCAAGGAGGAAGUUGGUGUGGGCCGUAACUAUCACCAUGAUAGGUGUGGUUCUCUUCGAUUUUUCUGCUGACUUCAUUGAUGGGCCUAUCAAAGCCUACUUGUUUGAUGUCUGCUCCCACCAGGACAAGGAGAAGGGCCUCCACUACCAUGCCCUCUUCACAGGUUUUGGCGGUACCCUUGGGUACCUUUUGGGUGCCGUAGACUGGGUGCAUCUGGAACUGGGAAGACUGCUGGGCACUGAGUUCCAGGUCAUGUUCUUCUUCUCUGGCCUGGUGUUCACUGUGUGCUUUAUCACCCAUCUGUGCAGUAUCCCUGAAGCACCGCUCAGAGAUGGUGCACAAGACCCUCCUGCAUGCCCAGUCCCUCAGGGCUUGUUGUCGGCAGAUGAGGUGCAGCAAUAUGGUUCUAUUGAGAAAGUUGAACACAGUGAUGCAGAAACAGAGCUGAUAACACAGGGAUGGGCAAACAAAAAAGCGCCUGAACAGAGUCAGACAGCAAUGUCGAUGAAGUCACUUCUGAGGGCAUUAGUGAACAUGCCUUCCCAUUAUCGCUGCCUUUGCAUCAGCCACCUCAUUGGAUGGACUGCCUUCCUGUCAAACAUGCUGUUCUUCACAGAUUUCAUGGGACAGAUUGUAUACCAUGGGGAUCCCUACAGUUCACACAAUUCCACAGAGUUUUUCAUCUAUGAAAGAGGAGUUGAAGUUGGAUGUUGGGGCUUGUGCAUCAACUCUCUGUUUUCUUCACUUUAUUCUUACUUUCAGAAAGCUUUGGUUUCCUACAUUGGAUUAAAGGGCCUUUAUUUCAUGGGAUAUUUGCUCUUUGGCCUGGGGACAGGAAUCAUAGGACUCUUCCCAAAUGUCUACUCUACCCUGGUCCUCUGCUCUAUGUUUGGUGUUAUGUCCAGCACAUUGUACACUGUGCCCUUUAACCUCAUUGCUGAGUACCAUCACGAGGAGGAAAAGGAGAAGCAACAGAGAGCCCCAGGAGUCCCUGACAACAGUGGGAGAGGCAAAGGUGUGGACUGUGCUGCACUCACCUGCAUGGUGCAGCUGGCUCAGAUCUUGGUUGGAGGUGGCCUGGGCUUUCUGGUCAACAUGGCUGGGAGUGUCAACGUGGUGGUGAUGACAGCCUCUGCAGUGGCACUGAUAGGCUGUUGCUUUGUGGCUCUCUUUGUUAGAUAUGUAGAUUAGGUUUAUAAAGAGACAUGGACCCAAACCUCAGACAAAUGACAAGGCUUUGGGAACUUAUAGCUCAUGGUGGAAUCUCACCUUGUGUGCACACCUGGGAAAAUGUGUGUGUGCUAGGAUUGCCUGCCCCAUUGCCUCUUCCUUACCACCGCCCCUCCGUGUAGGGAUGGGAAGGUCAGCUCCUGCUUCUUAAGGGGCGUUUCAGGCCUUGAUAGCAUCUAAGGCUCAAAUCAAUCCUAUCCACGAUGCUUAUAAUGUCAUUUUUUAAAAAGCAGUCCAUGUAUCAUUGGGAAAUCGCAUAUUUCAUCAACUCAGAAAUACUUAAAAUAUUAAUGAUCAUUUUAUGGUGUUGAUUUAUCCAAAUUUAAUUUGCUCAUAAUUAAUUCCUGUGAAUGUAUGACAUUCUUAACAAAUCUGCUUUGAAGGUCUCAUUCUGAAAGCUGUGCAACUUAAGAGUUUUUGUUUGUUUCACUGAUACAGUAAAAAUAUUUUUCUUGA